ACUUUCGCCGGCAAAGAAUUGCAUCUUUGGUUUAUGCCCCACCUAAGUCAAUGCCGUCAACUCUCUUCAAGCUGAAUCCCUGUAACUCACAGUGGUUAAUCAUAGAGAAAUCUUUAAGCUAGCUAGCCAGCUUCCAUUAUAUAUAGUAUCACAACUCCCAACUCUCCAUGAAUUAAUCUUGGGUUCAAGGGAAAGCCGGUCUUCCUCCGAGCAGCUUAAUUGUAAGUUUCAUUUUUCAGAUUUCCAGGACUAUUACUCUUUUGUGUGGAAAACAGAGAGGCCAUGACCACCACUUUCAUGCAUCGGAAUGUCUAUAAUGCUGCAGCAAAAGGCGACAUCUCGUAUUUCAAUAAUGAUUAUAGAUUUUCAUGGCCACUAGAAGCAUUAUUAACACCAAACAAAAACACAGUCCUCCAUCUUUUCAUCAAAACCUUCGAAAAUGGGAUAGAAUCAACAGAAAAUAACUUUGUGAGAGAUAUACUCAACAUGUGUCCCUCGCUUUUAUGUCAAGUCAAUGUCAAAGAUGAAACUCCGUUACAUGUCGCAGCAAGGUAUGGGCGUGCUAAUAUCGUUGAGGUUCUGAUCGAACAUGCGAAAUAUCCACAUUAUCAAGAUCUUGAAAGAGGGGCUGAAGCAGUAAGGAAGAUGCUUAGGAUGGUAAACAAAGAGAAAGACACAGCCUUACAUGAGGCUGUACGUUAUAAUCACCUUAAAGUGACAAAACUUUUAAUCAAGGAAGACCCAGAUUUUCCAUAUACUGUUAAUGAUGCCGGGGAGACUCCACUCUACAUUGCCGUUGAGAGAAACUAUACAGAAUUGGCAAUGGAAAUUCUGCACAAGUGCAAAUCACCCGCUUAUGAUGGUCCCUUAGGUAGAACGGCCUUGCAUGCUGCAAUUCUUAAUACGAACAGAGAAUUGAUCAAAGCAAUUCUGGAAAAAAUUGGAGGAGAUAUAACUAAAAAAGCAGACCAAGAAGGUUUGACUCCACUGCACCUGACUCCACUGCAAUUGGAUGCAUACAGAGAUUCGGGGUGGUUAGAGCUGUUGCUGGAACAUGAUUCACAAGUAGCAUACAUGAAAGACAAAGAGGGGAGGACAGCUCUUCACAUUGCAGCUCAUCUUGGCGAUGUUGAGGCCAUGGAAACGAUUAUACGCAUGUGUCCAGAUUGUUGCGAACUGGUUGACAACAGAGGCUGGAAUGCGUUGCACUUUGCGGUGGAGGGCGAUUGGCCAGAUUAUGUAAUGGAAGCGAUCCUUAACAAUUUGUCUUUCAGCAAGCUUUUGAACGAGAAGGAUUUCGAAGGGAACACUCCUCUCCAUCACCAAUAUUCCGGAAAUUUCACGUACAGGACGAAAGAUCUCAUGAAUCACCCCGGAGUAGAUAAGAUGGCCUUCAACAAAAGUAACCAUAAUGCUUAUCAAGUCGCUAUAACUAGUGGAAAGUUAUCGGCAGAAGAGGCGAUGCAAAUGAGGUUUAGAUCUCGAUUUGUUUCGAGAAGGGUAUUCUUCAAGGAGGAACAAGAGGUUCCAAAAGAUCUGGAAAAACAAAUGAGAGAAGAGAGGAAGAAGGAGUCGCAGGCGAGGAUGAAAGAGUAUUUAGACAAAGCGGGUGAAGCACACUUGGUAGUGGCUGCACUCAUCACAACUGUGACCUUUGCCACAGCUAUAACCAUGCCUGGUGGUUUUGUUGGUACUGGAGGUGACCCACAUUAUGAAGGCUCUGCAAUUUUGAGGAGAAAUGCUGCUUUUAAAGCGUUCAUUAUCACUGAUGCCAUAUCCUUAGUGCUAUCUAGUACUGCUGUUGUUAUCCACCUAUUCCUGCCACUUUUGUUUAGGUAUUCUGAAUCUGAAGAAACUCGCUACGAUUUUCUCAACCUAGCCUUCCAGUUUAUUUUGAUGGCUAUGGGAGCAAUGGUGCUGGCAUUUAUCACAGGUGCAUAUGCUGUGUUAGCACAUUCCUUAUAUCUUGCCAUUACCACUUGUGUUAUUGGGUCAUUCUUCUUCCUAAUCCUCUCUUUGAUAUGUGGAAAGUAUAGGGAGGAUCUAGGUUUAGAGGAAUAUAUAGAAAGCAAGUGCGAACAGCUCGUACAAUUAUACGGAACAUCUAUACCGGAAGCUUAAAAGGCGCUGUAUGCGUUAAAAGCUAGCCAAGACCAUUAAUUUAGUGCAGUGAUGUAAGGUGGACGGUUUCAUCAAAAUUGGGAAAUCCCCUAUUCAGAUGUAAGGAUUAAGAUAUGGUUUUAAUGCCUAGAAGGGAUUAAUGAACUUUAUAUUCUAAUGCC